CAGAUAAGUAAUGGCAGCAGUUGCAUAGUAUUCAUGUACACAGAAUAUCCUUAUGGCACCUGCUUAUUCUGAACAGCCCUGCUGCGAGUGGGGGCAAGGCAGACAAAACAAAAGACACAGACUUUACUUAUUAUAAUAUAAUAUUGUCGCAAGUAAAUAAACUCAACACUCUUUGUUUGUUUGUGACUGUGUCAUUCAUUCAUUCAUUCAUUCAUCACUCAUCAUCCAAUCAUUGACCAUGGCAGCAACUAUUCAUCUUUCUUCCACUGCGUCUUCUCUAUUCAACAAUAUCAAUCUCACUUCCUCCAAUUCAAUCUCUCAAAAACAACUUCCAUUUCAUUCUAAGCCCCCUCCAUCCAAACGCAGCUCAACUCUCACCAUAGCCCAACUAACCUCUCCUCCUCCUCCUCCUCCUGGCAAUGACUACUACAACAACUCUUCUUUACUUUAUGGUAUAGGAAGAACAGUUGAAGGAUCAGAUGAACGCACCAAAACUAAAAUCGUUUGUACAAUUGGUCCGUCUACUAGCUCACGUGACAUGAUUUGGAAACUUGCAGAUAUGGGAAUGAAUGUUGCACGUUUGAAUAUGUCACAUGGAGACCACACUUCCCACCAGAAAACUAUUGAUUUUGUUAAACAAUACAAUUCUCAAUUUCAAGACAGAGUUAUCUCCAUCAUGCUUGAUACCAAGGGUCCUGAAGUUAGAAGUGGGGAUGUGCCACAACCAAUAUUACUCAAAGAGGGGCAAACAUUCAAUUUCACUAAUAAUAGAGGGGUUUGCACACAAGAUACUGUUAGUGUUAAUUAUGAUGAUUUUGUCAAUGAUGUUGAGGAUGGAGAUGUACUUCUCGUCGAUGGAGGAAUGAUGUCUCUUGUUGUUAAGUCAAAGACAAAAGACUUGGUUAAAUGUGAAGUAAUUGAUGGCGGAGAGCUGAAAUCUAGGCGCCAUUUGAAUGUCCGUGGAAAAAGUGCAACACUUCCUUCCAUAACUGAGAAGGACUGGGAAGAUAUCAAGUUUGGGGUAGACAAUCAAGUAGACUUCUAUGCUGUAUCAUUUGUCAAGGAUGCUAGAGUGGUUUAUGAGUUAAAAGACUAUCUCAAAAGACACAAUGCUGAUAUACAUGUGAUUGUAAAAAUUGAAAGUGCAGAUUCAAUACCAAAUCUUCAUUCCAUACUUUCAGCUUCAGAUGGGGCUAUGGUUGCUCGUGGGGACCUUGGAGCUGAACUUCCGAUCGAGGAAGUUCCUUUAUUGCAGGAGGACAUCAUUAGAAGAUGUCGCAGAAUGCAAAAACCAGUUAUUGUGGCAACAAAUAUGCUCGAAAGCAUGAUUAUUCAUCCGACACCAACUAGGGCGGAAGUUUCAGACAUUGCUAUUGCAGUAAGACAAGGUGCUGAUGCUGUCAUGCUUUCAGGAGAAACUGCACAUGGAAAAUUUCCACUGAAAGCUGUUAAAGUUAUGCAUGCCGUGGCUGUAAGGAAUGAAUCUACUGUUUUAAGAAGUGAUGCUUAUCCUAAUCAUUUGAGUUCCCACAAGAGCCAUAUGGGAGAAAUGUUUGCUUUCCAUGCAACAACUAUGUCUAAUACUCUUAAUACUCCUAUUAUUGUGUUCACCAGAACUGGAUCCAUGGCUAUUCUUUUGAGCCAUUAUAGGCCCUACUCGACAAUAUUUGCAUUCACAAAUGAAAGAAGGAUUAAGCAAAGGUUGGGACUUUAUCAUGGUGUGAUGCCUAUAUACAUGCAAUUUUCAAAUGAUGCUGAGGAGACUUUUGCUAGAGCUCUAAAGCUACUAUUGAGUAAAGGUCAUUUAAAUGAGGGACAAUAUGUUACUCUUGUUCAAAGCGGAGCGCAACCAAUUUGGCGUGAUGAAUCCAUUCACCACCUUCAAGUUCGCGAGGUUCAUGAAUAAAAUUAUUCUUUAAAGGGUUCUAUCUUUCUUUCUCACGAGUGUAGAAUAGUAUUUUCUUUUCCUCUCUCUCUCUCUUGUAACUAAGUCUUGCUAUGAAUGAUAGUUUGAAUUGUUACUUAUUCAUGUGAAACAAGUUGUAUAGUUUCAGAGCUUUUGUAAUGCAAAUAAUGAUUUGUUGAUAAGGAAUUACUAUGGUUUUCAUGAA